CCGGACCGUGUUGACACCGCCGUCCUGGCUGGCACUUGCCUUGCCCUGCUCUCCUUCUCUCCCAGCCUGAAAGCGUUCCCCUGUUCCCCCACUCUUAAUCCCCCAACAUUAUGCUGCUAAUCCUAAUUACCUUACUGCUCCCACAGAAAAACGGAGCGAGCGCUUAAAAGCAAACGAAAAAUAUCACAGUGGCCAGCAAACGACGACAUAUAAGAAGAGUAGAAAGGGGAAAGAAGGUCGCCGGCAAUCCGCACGAUGUCUUCCUCGCCUUCCCCCGGCGCCGCCCCAGCGCCCAACUCCCCCCCUUCCCCUCCGGCCCCAGUGCCCGCCCCCCCGCCGGCAAACCCCCCCGCCCCGCCGCCUCCGACAACUCCACCACCCCCUCCUCCCUCCACCUCGCCCCCCGCCCCUUCCCCCGCCUCCGUCCCCGCUCCCUCUCCCCCCACCGCCUCCAACCCGCCCCCUUCGCCCAGCCCGCCUGGUUCCUCCCCUCCGCCCGUGGUGAAACCGUCGCCGCCGCCUAGCUCUCCUUCUCCGCCCUCCAGGAAGACUCCUCCUUCCUCGUCUCCUCCCUCGGCCAACGGCUCCAUGUCGACGGCGCUCAUCGUCGGGGUGUGUGCGGGCGCAGUGUUUUUUCUGCUGGUGCUGGGCCUUCUCUGUGUCUGCUUCUGGAACAAGAAGCGCCGUCCUCGGCCGCACUACUACGGCGAUCCUUCGCCGCCCGCUCCGCCACGGAAAGAUGAUCAUGGUGAUUGGCCCCAGAAUUGGCAGCACAAUGCUACCCCACCAGCAGAUCAUGUUGUCAAAAUUCCUCCACAUCCUUCUCCUCCACCACCGUAUGCUGGGCGUCCUUCACAUUCACCAAGCCCUUUUCUGCCUCCACCGCCUCCUCCACCUAUGAUCAGCAGCAGUGGAGGUUCUGCAUCAAAUUAUUCUGGGUCCGAGCAUCCACUGCCCCCACCAUCGCCUGGUGUUGCCCUUGGCUUCUCAAAGAGCACCUUCACAUAUGAAGAAUUGGCAAUGGCAACAGAUGGGUUCUGUGAUGCUAAUCUCCUUGGGCAAGGUGGUUUUGGAUAUGUGCACAGAGGAGUGCUCCCAAAUGGUAAAGAAAUUGCAGUCAAACAAUUGAAAUCUGGGAGUGGACAGGGUGAGCGUGAAUUCCAGGCAGAGGUUGAAAUUAUCAGUCGUGUGCAUCACAAACAUCUAGUUUCACUUGUUGGAUACUGUAUUGCUGGAGGCAGGAGGUUGCUUGUUUAUGAAUUUGUUCCCAACAGUACAUUGGAGUUCCAUUUGCAUGGUCAACCAACAAUGGAUUGGCCCACAAGAUUAAAAAUUGCAUUGGGUUCUGCAAAGGGAUUGGCUUAUCUUCAUGAGGAUUGCCAUCCUAAGAUCAUUCAUCGUGACAUCAAGGCGGCCAAUAUUCUUCUUGAUUAUAAAUUUGAGGCAAAGGUUGCAGAUUUUGGACUUGCAAGGAUCACUUCUGAUAACAACACCCAUGUUUCUACCAGAGUCAUGGGAACUUUUGGCUAUUUGGCACCAGAAUAUGCGUCUUCAGGCAAGCUCACAGAUCGUUCAGAUGUCUUUUCCUUUGGAGUCAUGCUUCUUGAGCUAAUCACUGGACGCCGACCAGUUGAUGCAAACCAAAGCUUCAUGGAUGAUAGCUUGGUUGAUUGGGCAAGACCUUUACUUACACAGGCUCUUGAGGAUGGGAACUAUGAUGCCCUCAUUGAUUCACGAUUGAGAAAUAAUUACAAUCCUAAUGAGAUGGCACGCAUGAUUGCUUGUGCUGCUGCCUGUGUACGCCACUCAGCAAAGCGUCGGCCACGGAUGAGUCAGGUUGUCCGGGCAUUGGAAGGAGAUGUAUCCCUUGAGGAUCUGAAUGAAGGCAUUAAACCAGGACACAGCAGGUUUUUCAGUUCAUAUAGUAGCUCAGAUUAUGAUUCUGGCCAGUAUAAUAACAACAUGAAGAAGUUCAGGAAAAUGGCACUGCCAACCACUCAAGAUUAUGCCAGCAGUGAAUUCAGUGCGCCGACCAGUGAGUAUGGUCAAAAUCCAUCAGCAUCAAGCAGUGAAGGCCAACAUACACGGGAAAUGGAGAUGGGGAAGAGAGAGAAAGAAAACAUUGGUACCUCGUGAAAACAUUGGUCAAUUGUAAAGUCCCACCUUAUUUUCAUACUUAUUUUUGACCUUUGAUUUGAAAAAAGCAGCGAUGUGAGCAAGUGGAAUGUAGGUUUCGGAAAUAUUUAAAGUCGUCUUCACACAUGUAUGCUUUUCAUACUUGUGAAAAAUGAAGAGCUAACUGAUUCGUUUAUUUUUUUCCGCGGUCCUUCAGAUCUAUGUUUUGGAUGAAUGUUUUGAAGAGGCAUUUAUUAAUUGUAAAUGCUAAAAAGCUACUUGCGCGGCUAGAUAUGCUGUGGAGGUUGCUAGAUUUUAUUUUGUCAUGUAGAGGGAAUAUGCCAGUAAAUGCGUCCUGCUCUUGCUGGAUUUUUUUU